AUGAGCCGCUAUAAAUCAACGAAUAGUUCAGUUAAAAGUCAUUUAUCAUCGGGUAGUCUACCAAAAGAAGAAGUAAAUAUUGUUUUGGUGGGACAAGCAAAUGUUGGAAAAAGUGCACUUGUUGUGAAAUAUUUAACAAAGCGAUUUAUCUGUGAAUAUGAUCCAUUUCUAGAAGACACAUAUUGGAAGCCCGACACUGUAGAUCAACAAGAUGUACUUGUCAAAGUCAUGGACACAUAUGGGAAAGAUGACAAACGACUACCUUACUAUUUAAAGUGGGCUGAUGCCGUGUUAAUUACAUAUAGUAUAACACAACAGGAUAGUUUUGAAAUGGCUUUAUCUUAUCUGGAUAAUAUUCAUGAAUAUUCGAAAAGCAUUAGUCUGUCGUCAAACGAACUUGUUAUUACUCUAAUCGGCAAUAAACUCGAUCUUGAACGAAACAGAAUCAUUGCUAAAGCUGACGGCGAAACAACAGCAUCAAAAUUUAACUGUGCAUUUAUUGAAACAACAGCAGCUGAUGACUAUGAAUACGUGCAAAAUUUAUUUCACCGAACAGUUAGAGAAGUGCGGAAAGAACGUGAAAGAGCGAAUAAUGUUACAAUAUCGUCGAUUCAAUCGUUACCAACGACGUUUUGUCCUAUAGAAGAAGAAGAAAAAGCUUUACCACUUCCAUUAGCUGCAAAUGUACCUACUGAUCCUUUGUCGUCCUCGUCCUCAUCUAGCUCGUCAACUCUGUUUAAUCCUCUAAAUAAUGGUCAGAGUAUUAUAUCAUCAUCGCCCCAAACGAGUACGAUGACAGCAUCUUUUGGUCAACGGCCAUCGUCCAACGUAAAUUCCAAUUCAACUAGUAGUGGAGGAACAAUACCAACUAAUAAUUCAAACACUAAUAUGAUUCCCAACAAUUCUCCACCAAUAGCACGCAGCAUACCAUCUGCCAGUAUAUCUUCAGUUACAUCAUCUAUUGUUCCAGCAUCAACAACUGCCUCCCAAAAAAGUAAUUCAUCAGCCAUUUCAACUGCCUCAACAACAACAGCAACAAAUCCAGCGACAACGCGUCGAACAAAAUCGCCGAAACUACAAACUGACUCACAAGCAUCAACAACAACAUCAGCAUCAUCUAGUCAGAAAGAUAAUCACCAUUCAUCAACGCCGAAACGACCCCCGUCAAAAGUGCCGUUUUUACAGAAAAUUUUCAAAUAG